CUGGCUGGCUGCUGACAGAGGGAGAGUUUUAGAAAUCAUAUCAGCAAGAAGGGAAGUGAAAGUAAGACACGGAGGGUCAGAAGACGGAGAAAUUGAUUGCUGCUGCAUGUGGAGGUCCGUCACCUUUGAGCCUCUGGAGAAGACACGCUGAGGGUGGAAAUUGAAGAUUCUGACAGAGAAGACAGCCAUGUUUUCAACCAGACCAGAGGUCCAGCCGUAAAAGAUAAGAGGCGUUCGCCCCCUCCCAGGUCCCCGUCCGGCCCGCAGCGCGGCGGCCCCACAGACGACCAGGAGAGCCCAGAGAGAACGGUGCAAAAGGAGAAGCUCCAUGCAGAGCUGAAGCAGGUGUUGAGUCAGAAGAGGAGUCACCUGAGAGAGUCCACCUGCCAACUCGCCCAACCAGAGAUGGACUCUGAGCCCACGGACGAGCAGACGGGAGUGGAGGACGAGUUGAAGAAGUCGGUGGAGAUUGUGGUGGAGACGGACGCAGAGGUUGGAGCGAGCGGUUACAGCGUGACGGGCGGAGGAGAGCGGGGCAUCUUCGUCAAAGACGUCCUGAAAGAUUCUCCUGCUGCCAAACACCUGAGUCUACAGCAAGGGGAUCAGCUGCUGAGUGCGAAGGUCUACUUUGAGAAUGUGAGGUAUGAAGACGCUCUGAAGAUCCUGCAGUGCGCAGAGCCGUACAAGGUCAGCUUCCAGCUGAAGAGGACCGUCCCCGAAACCGAGGUCAGCGUGCGACCCAGAGUCCCCGGCGGGGAGGUCAAAGGCCCCAAAGCCAAGGUCGCCAAAAUGAGUGUGAAGGGCACCAAGCUCUUCAAGACUCAGAAGAGGAGAGGAGGCCGCUUCGGCCUGAAGAGGCUGAAGGAGAAGAACAGAGAGGAGCUGGUGAUCGAGGGAACCCCGCCCAGGCUGGAGGCCGGCGAUGUGGACGUGGAGUUUUCACUCCCCAAGUUCAAACAGAGGAAAGGCGUGCAGGAGGCGGAGCCAGCCGCGGGGAAGGGAAAGAAACGGAUCAGGUUUCCUCACAUGAAAACCAAGAGUUACACUGGAGCAGUUACAGGUGGAAAACUGGGAACAGGACAACUUGAAGUGGACGAAAACAUCUAUCCACCAGAAACUAGCAGAGCUGGAAUAAAAACCAAAGGAAAGGGACACAAGUUUGGGAUUGCAUUUCCCAAGUCUAAACACAACAAGUCGGGUUCUGAUUCUCAAACUGGAUCUCUGGAGCGGAAGCCUCCAGAAGUCAGAAUCCACCCACCUUCAGUGGAGUUUGAUGUUUCCAGUGAUAAAGAUGUGGAGAAAAGAGGCCUAAAGUUCAAAACUCCAGACGUGGAGUUUGCACUUCCUUCAGGAAAAGCUGAGGCAUCUGUGUCCACUGUGGAGGACACCUCUGGAAGCAAAGCUCCUAAAGGAGAUUUCAGAGGAGAAGCCGAAGUCGCCGGGGGAAAAGUUCAUGCUGAUGUUAGCAAAGGAGAUGCGAAACUCAGAAUGCCAAAACUCAAACUUCCCAAGGUUAGACUCUCCCGUCAUUCUGAUGAGAUCGACUCUGCUUUUAAGGUCAAGACUCCAAAGGCAGAAAUAAAAGGAGAUGGAGAGCUACAACUUCCUGAGGGAAACAUCAGAAUGCCAAAAGUGGAAGGCGAUCUCUCAGGAGGAGCUGCUUCUGUUCAGAUCCCCUCUGUUGACAUCUCCUUACCAAAAGGAAAGGGGAAGUUUGACGCUGGUGUUUCACUCCCCGAGUCUGGAGUAAAGGCAGGAGUCAACAUGCCUGACAUUGAAGUCGCAGGAUCAGAUAUUGAUUUGGAAUUAACCACUGGACAGAAGAUACCAGAUGAAGUGGAGAGCAUGGUCAAAGGGCCCAAAAUCUCUAUGCCAAAGGUUGACAUCUCCUUACCGAAGGCGGGGUCUGCUGGUGUUGAAGGUCCGGAUGUGGGAGGAAAAUUCAGUCUACCUUCUGUGGACAUUUCUCUACCACAGAUGAAUUCUGGGGGUGGAGAUGUGGACAUGGACUGUUACGUUGGUGGAGAUGGAAAAUUCAAAAUGCCCGAGUUUGACCCAGCUUUCCCUAAUGUGAAGUCAUUGGAUGGGGAAGGAACCUUCAAGUUGCCCAAAGUAGACUUGAGCCUCCCCAAAGGCAAAGCAGGAACAUCUGAUGAUGACAGAGCGGCAUUUCAGCUUCCAUCAAUGGAAGUCUCGCUCCCUAACAUGAAAGGAGACAAGGUGGAGGUAAACACCAAAGGAGGUAAGCUUAAAAUGCCAGAAGUGGAAAUUUCUCCACCUAAAGGCCACCUCCAGGGAGGCUUUGAAGUGGAAGGAAAAGCUGGGAAAAAAAGUAAAAAAGGCAAGAAACUUAAAAUGCCUACUGUUGAUGUGUCAAUGCCAAAGCUAACACAGCCAGAGGGUCACAUAGAAGGCCCUGAAAUGACGAGCGGAGGUGGAAUCCAAUUACCCUCCCAUGAUGCAUCUUUGCCAACAGCAAAGAUGAAGGGAAACAUUGAAAUCGAGGGUCCUUCUGCAAAAGGAGGGAGAUUCACAAUGCCUUCAGUCAAUGUUAAACUCCCUCAGAUGGGGUCAUCUGAAGCUGGAGUUGACUUACACGAAAGGAAAACGGGGGUGGUAUCUGGAGAUGUUUCCUUAAAACCAAUGGGUGACAUUGAAGGAAAAGUAGAAGGAGAAAAAUUCACAUUACCUUCUGUUGACGUUUCUCUCCCAAAAAUGAAGCUUCCUAAAGGAGAUGUGACUCUAGAAGGUCCCGAUCUAAACCUCUCCCUUCCCAGUUCAGACGGCAAGGCCAGUGGUGAAAGUGGUGGUGGAAAAUUCAAGAUGCCAUCUUGUGAUAUUUCUCUUCAGAAGGGGAAAGUCAAAGAGGGGGAGGUGAACAUCAGAGGACCUGAGGCCAAAGGUGGAAAGUUCCAGAUGCCUUCCUUUGAUGUAUCUCUGCCUCAGAUGAAAAAACGAGGUGGUGACGUUGAUGUUGAACUGCCAAAGCUGAAAGGUGGUGAUAUAAAAGCACCAACUAUUGAGAUCUCAGGUCUUCAAGGGACAUUUGAAGGUGAUUAUGAUCUUGACAGUUAUAGAAAAGAAGGUGGAUACAGUCUACCCGGAAUGAAAUUUCCGGAGGGGGAAGGGAAUUUCCAAGGUCCAAAAGUCAAGGGUGCAAAGUUUGAAAUGCCCAAAAUUGACCUUUCUCUUCCCAGAGGAAGAAAACAGGGAGGAGACUUUGAUGUUGAAGUUUACUCAAGAAAAGAUGGAAGCAUCGAAAUGCCAUCCUGUGAUUUUGAUGGUCCUAAAGGAGAGCUGAGUACUGAUAUAAAUGUUGAUGGUCUUGAGGGAAAAACUGGAAAAUUCAAAAUGCCCAAGAUUGAUAUAUCUCUUCCAAAACUGAAUCUGCCAGAGGGUGAAAUCCACAUUGAAGGACCAGAGAUUAAAGGACAAAUGGAAAAACCCUCUCUUGACAUUACACCCCCUGAAGGAAAACUAGAUGUUGACAUUGAUAGCCAUAAAACUAAGGGGUCCAAAUUUCACAUGCCGACUAUCAAUGUAAACCUUCCUAAAAUCAAAUCAAAAGAAGUGAGUAUAGAUGUGAAAGGACCUGAGGGUCCAGAGGGAAAGUUACCGUCAUGUGAUAUUACAGUGCCUGACAAAAAAUUUCCCAAGGCAGAUGUUAGCCUUGAAGGUCCAAAUGUCAAGGGAGGUCAUGUCAGUAUGCCAGGUGUUGAGGUUUCACUUCCAAAAACAAAAGGAAAUGUUGGCAUCAGUGUUGACACUCCUGAAGGGAACGGGGAAAAAUUACAAAUGCCAAAAUUUGACAUUUCACUGCCAAAGGUAAACUUUCCUGAAAGUGCAGGAAAAACAAAAAAAAUUGACCUAAAGACCAAGAAAAUGGAGAUGCCAGACAUUGAUGUUUCUCUUCCAAAAGGAAAAGCUGAGGCUGAUAUUGAAAUAGAUGGUGGUAAAGGUAGAAAAUUCCACAUCCCCUCUGUUGAUUUCUCCCUUCCCAGGAUAAAAACUAAGGGAUCAGAGAUCAAAACGGAAGGUGUUGAGGGAAAAGUCCAUGUGCCAGACACUGAUGUUUCCCUCUCCAAAGGAAAGGUUGAGGUUAACACAAAUGUUGAAGGUGGUGAGGUAAAAGGGGGAAAGUUUAAGAUGCCCAAAUUUGACAUUUCAUUUCCAAACAUGAACCUGCCUGAGGGCAAACCGGAGGUUGACGUUUCAAUAACAAAAGGAAAGAUAAAGGAAAAUGUUGAUUUGGGUGGAAAAUUUCCAACAGUUGAAAUCUCUCCUCCAAAAAUACAAGCAAGAGACAUUGAUGUUGGUAUAACAACCCCAGAAGGAGCAAAUCUAGACAUUUCACUCCCUAAAGCGUCUCUUCCAGGUGGUGAUAUUAAAGUUGAAGGUCCAAACAUCAAAGGACCGAAGAUUGAGAUGCCAGACAUCGAUUUAUCCCUCCCCAAAGGAAAAGGAAGGGGAGACAUUGAAAUCACAGGGGGUUCUCACAAAGGGGGCAAGUUUCAUAUGCCAGCCAUCGAUAUUACUCUCCCAAAAAUGAAAACCAAAGGAGCAGACGUACAUGUUGAAGGGCCUGAAGUUAAAGGAGGUCAAAUUAAAAUACCGUCUCUUGAUGUGUCUGGGCCCAAACUGAAGUCUCCUGAUGUAGAUGUCAGUCUGAAAGGCCCUGAAAUUGAAGGACAGUUCAAAAAGCCAAAGGGUGACAUCUCCCUGCCAAAAGGAGAGGUCCAAGGUGACUUUGAGGUUGAGGGUCCUGACAUGAAGGGUGGAAAGUUCAAAAUGCCCAAAUUUGAUGUGUCCUUGCCAAAAGUUAGUCUGCCAAAGUUUGAUGCCAACAUUGAAGGACCAGAUGUGAAAGGAAAAGCUCAAAUGCCAAAUGUUGAUAUCUCAGUCCCAAAAGCAACCACAGAUGUGGUAGUUGAUGUUGGUACUGGUAAGGGCAGCAAGUUUCACAUGCCCUCACUGGAUAUCUCACUUCCUAAAGUGAAAACUAAAGGACCUAAUGUGAAUGUUGAAGGACCUGAAGUCCGAGGUGACAUGUCACUACCUGAGAUUGAAUCUCCAGAUCUAGAUAUCAACCUCCAAGGUCCUAAAGUCAAAGGUGGAAAUCUUAAUCUGCCAACUGUUGAUGUUGCUUUCCCCAAAACUGAAGGUGACUUUGAGGUUGAGGGUCCUGACAUGAAGGGUGGAAAGUUCAAAAUGCCCAAAUUUGAUGUGUCCUUACCAAAAGUUAGUCUGCCAAAGUUUGAUGCCAACAUCGAAGGACCAGAUGUGAAAGGAAAAGCUCAAAUGCCAAGUGUUGAUAUCUCAGUCCCAAAAGCAACCGCAGAUGUGGGAGUUGAUGUGGACACUGGCAAGGGCACCAAGUUUCAUAUGCCUUCAUUUGAUAUCUCACUUCCUAAAAUGAAAACCAAAGGACCUAAUAUUAAUCUUGAAGGACCUGAAGUCAGAGGUGACAUGUCACUCCCAAAAAUUACAUCUCCGGAGGCAGAUAUCAACCUACAGGGUCCUACAGUUGAAGGUGGAAAUCUUAGUCUGCCAACUGUCGAUGUUGCAUUUCCAACAACUGAAGGUGACUUUGAGGUUGAGGGUCCUGACAUGAAGGGUGGAAAGUUCAAAAUGCCCAAAUUUGAUGUGUCCUUGCCAAAAGUUAGUCUGCCAAAAUUUGAUGUCAACAUCGAAGGACCAGAUGUGAAAGGAAAAGCUCAAAUGCCAAGUGUCGAUAUCUCAGUCCCAAAAGCAACCACAGAUGUGGGAGUUGAUGUGGACACUGGCAAGGGCAGCAAGUUUCAUAUGCCUUCAUUUGAUAUCUCACUUCCUAAAAUCAAAGCCAAAGGCCCUAAUAUUAAUCUUGAAGGACCUGAAGUCAGGGGUGACAUGUCACUCCCAAAAGUCAAAUCUCCAGACUUAGAUGUUAACCUCCAGGGUCCUGAAGUGGAAAGAGGAGAUAUGAGCAUGCCUACUCUUGAUGUCUCACUUUCAAAACCUGAAGGGGAAUUUGAGGUUCAAGGACCUGAGGUCAAGGGUGGUAAAAUCAAAAUGCCCAAAUUUCCAAAGGUUGGUCUCCCAGAGGUAGAUGUCAAACUUAAAGGUCCAGACAUCAAUGUGGGGAAGAUUGAAAUGCCAGACAUUGAUAUCUCACUUCCAAAAGGAAAAGUCAAAGGUGAUGCUGAACUUGAAGCACACACUGGAAAGAGAGGAAAGUUCCAUAUGCCUGCCAUUGACAUUUCUCUACCUAAGAUUAAAACCAAAGAACCAGAGAUAAAUAUUAAAGGUCCUGAGGUUAAGGGUGGAAAAAUCCCAGACAUUGACCUCUCAUUACCCAGAGGAGAGGUUGAUGCUGACCUCAGCUUCGAUGGUCCAGAGAAAAAAGGAGGCCAUCUAAAGAUGCCAAAAGUCAAUGUUUCACUUCCAAAGUUUGAACUAAAGGGUGAAGGAAAAGUUGAAGGGAUUGAUGUUGAAGGAAACAUUGACAAGACAAUUCCCAAGAUUUCACUCCCUGAAGAGAAAGCCAAGGGAAAUGUGAACAUUGAAGGACAUGGUGGAAAAACCAGCAAGUUUCAUUUACCAUCAAUUGAUAUUUCUCUUCCCAAGAUAAAAGUGAAAGGAGUGGAGACUGAAGGGCUUGAAGGUAAAGGUGAAAUUUCAGUUCCAAAAGGAAAAUUACAGGGAAACAUAAAUGUAGAAGGAUCUGGCAUCAAAGACAGUGAACAUACAACGCCUACAUUUGACGUCUCACUCCCUAAAGUGUCUCUUCCAGGUGGUGAUAUUAAAAUUGAAGGUCCAAACAUCAAAGGACCGAAGAUUGAGAUGCCAGACAUCGAUUUAUCCCUCCCCAAAGGAAAAGGAAGGGGAGACAUUGAAAUCACAGGGGGUUCUCACAAAGGGGGCAAGUUUCAUAUGCCAGCCAUCGAUAUUACUCUCCCAAAAAUGAAAACCAAAGGAGCAGAAGUACAUGUUGAAGUGCCUGAAGUUAAAGGAGGUCAAAUUAAAAUAGCGUCUCUUGAUGUGUCUGGGCCCAAACUGAAGUCUCCUGACGUAGAUGUCAGUCUGAAAGGCCCUGAAAUUGAAGGACAGUUCAAAAAGCCAAAGGGUGACAUCUCCCUGCCAAAAGGAGAGGUCCAAGGUGACUUUGAGGUUGAGGGUCCGGACAUGAAGGGUGGAAAGUUCAAAAUGCCCAAAUUUGAUGUGUCCUUACCAAAAGUUAGUCUGCCAAAGUUUGAUGCCAACAUUGGAGGACCAGAUGUGAAAGGAAAAGUUGAAAUGCCAAAUGUUGAUAUCUCAGUCCCAAAAGCAACCACAGAUGUGGUAGUUGAUGUGGGUACUGGUAAGGGCAGCAAGUUUCACGUGCCCUCACUGGAUAUCUCACUUCCUAAAAUGAAAACUAAAGGACCUAAUAUUAAUCUUGAAGGACCUGAAGUCAGAGGUGACAUGUCACUACCUGAAAUUAAAUCUCCAGAUCUAGAUAUCAACCUCCAAGGUCCUACAGUCAAAGGUGGAAAUCUUAGUCUGCCAACUGUCGAUGUUGCAUUCCCCAAAACUGAAGGUGACUUUGAGGUUGAGGGUCCUGACAUGAAGGGCGGAAAGUUCAAAGUGCCCAAAUUUGAUGUGUCCUUACCAAAAGUUAGUCUGCCAAAGUUUGAUGCCAACAUCGAAGGACCAGAUGUGAAAGGAAAAGCUCAAAUGCCAAGUGUUGAUAUCUCAGUUCCAAAAGCAACCACAGAUGUGAGAGUUGAUGUGGACACUGGCAAGGGCACCAAGUUUCAUAUGCCUUCAUUUGAUAUCUCACUUCCUAAAAUCAAAGCCAAAGGCCCUAAUAUUAAUCUUGAAGGACCUGAAGUCAGAGGAGACAUGUCACUCCCAAAAGUCAAAUCUCCAGACUUAGAUGUUAACCUCCAGGGUCCUGAAGUGGAAAGAGGAGAUAUGAACAUGCCUACUCUUGAUGUCUCACUUUCAAAACCUGAGGGGGAAUUUGAGGUUCAAGGACCUGGGGUCAAGGGUGGUAAAAUCAAAAUGCCCAAAUUACCAAAGGUUGGUCUCCCAGAGGUGGAUGUCAAACUUAAAGGUCCAGACAUCAAUGUGGGGAAGAUUGAAAUGCCAGACAUUGAUAUCUCACUUCCAAAAGGAAAAGUCAAAGGUGAUGCUGAACUUGAAGCACACACUGGAAAGAGAGGAAAGUUCCAUAUGCCUGCCAUUGACAUUUCUCUACCUAAGAUUAAAACCAAAGAACCAGAGAUAAAUAUUAAAGGUCCUGAGGUUAAGGGUGGAAAAAUCCCAGACAUUGACCUCUCAUUACCCAGAGGAGAGGUUGAUGCUGACCUCAGCUUCGAUGGUCCGGAGAAAAAAGGAGGCCAUCUAAAGAUGCCAAAAGUCGAUGUUUCACUUCCACAGAUUAAACUGGCAGGCGAUGUCACAGUGGAGGGCCCAGAGAUGAAGGGAAAAACUAAUGAGCCAGCCGUAGGUUUUUCUAAAGGAGAUGGUCAAAUGGAGGGAGAUUUAAAAAAAGGUUUGGGACUCCACAUGCCAAACAUAGACUUACAUUUGCCAAAAUUAGAUUUUGAUCUAAGCCUCCCUUCUGGGUCAAGAGGACAGGGGCUUAAAGUGGAGACCGGUGGUUCUGAUGCCUCAGCAGAUGUGCAUAUACCAGGUACCAAAGGACAGCUAAAACCACCCAAGGUGAAAGCUACAGAUGCAUCCAUAAACACGGGAAGUGAAGACACUCCUGGAGCAUCCCUAAAGCUUCCCACUGUCAAACUACCAACAGUAGAUAUUUCAGCUCCAAAGGUAGAUCUAGAUUUCGGGCUAACCAAAUCUAAAAGUGAUGAUGUGGAAGUAGAACUGCUAAAAGCAGAGGGUGGCAGACCUUCAUCAGGGGGCAGCUUUGACCUACCCGAUGUGUCCCUCAAAGUCCCAGGUUUUAAUUUCCCCAGAUUUGGUGGAAAGUCAAAGAGCAGUGAGUUGCAGAUUUCAAAACCCGAAGUUUCCAUCAGUCCCCCUGAUGUGGAAGGAGAGCUGAGGGCACCAUCAGUUGAAUUUGAUGACGAAGGAAAAGUCAAAGUAAAAAAACCCAAAAUCAAAAUGCCAACAUUUGGAAUUUCCAGAAAGAAUCCAGAUGUGUCAGUGUCUUGUCCUGAAGUUGAUGUCAAAGCAAAAAAAGAAUACGUUGACAUUCCUACACCAAAUAUCAAUGUUGAGGGCUCUGAUGACAGGACAAAAUAUAAGGUAAAGCUUCCUAAGUUCAAAAUAUCCUCACCAAAACCAAAGCUUCCAGAGAAAGAGGGUGAUGUGAAAGUGGAAGCAGAUGGUAAAGGUGGUUUCCAUGCACCUGAUGUAACCAUCAAACUACCAAAGUUCUCCAUGCCAGGAUUUGGCUCUAAAGAGAAGGAUUUAGGAAAGCCAGUCGGUGAAGUUGAAGCUAAGACCAAACUCAAGAUGCCAUCUGUUGAGCUGUCACUACCAGAAACCAAAACACCUGAUACGGAGGUUCUUCUGCCGAAAGCAGAAGUAGAUGUUUCAGAGGCUGACAUUAAAGGCUAUGAAGGAAACCUCAAAGUCCCAAAGAUGCCAAAAAUUGAUAUUUCCAUUCCCAAAGUAGACCUGGAUGUGUCUCUGCCCAAAGGAAAAUCACAAAAGAUUGAGAAACCAGAUACGGAAGUCAAAGGAGAAGGAAAAUUCAAAAUUCCUCAGAUAACAAUGCCAUCAUUAGAUGUAUCUAUUCCUAAAGGAAAAUCUGGAGAUUAUGAUUCACCAGAUGUUGAAGUAGAUGUUGACAGGGGGAAAUUUAACAUGCCCUAUGUUAAAAUGCCUUCUGUUGAUAUAACAUUUCCAAAACCCAAAACUGGAAAACCACUGGAUGUUGAUGUGGACAGAGAUGGAAACAAAUUACGGAUGCCUGACAUUAAAAUGCCAAAUGUUAAUAUUUCUAAAGAAAAUAGUGAUAAAUUAGAAGGACCAGAUGUUGACGUUCAAGGAAGAGGAAAGCUGAAAAUGCCAAAUGUUGACAUCAACCUUUCAAGAGGGAAAAAGUCUGAUGUCAAUGCGCCUGAUUUGGAGACUCCAGAUGUUACAACGGAAUGGGAUACAGACAGAAGGUUUAAAAUGCCCUCUGUUGACAUCUCCCUUCCAAAAGGAAAGCUCAAGGGCAACAAUCCACCUGACAUAGAAAUGGGUGUGCAAGGAGAAGGAAAAGUCAAACUGCCACACGUGAAAAUGCCAGAUUUUGAUGUGUCUUUUCCAAAAAGAAGGAGCAAAGAUCCUCAGAUGGAGAUCAAGGAGAAAGAUGGAAACUUAAAGACCCCCAAUGUCAGCACACCUUCUGUUGAUUUUUCACUAUCUACAGGAAAGGAUGUGGACGUAGAAGAAAGCUCUGGAGGAAAAUUCAAGUUGCCUCAUUGGAAAAUGCCAGACGUUGAUAUCUCUCUGCCCAAGGGUCACGUUGAGGGUCCAGAGGAAGAGCUAACAAGAGAAAAAGGUGGUUUGAAAAUGCCCCACAUCAGGCUCCCCUCAGUUGACAUUUCAUUACCCAAAGGAAGAGCUGAUGGUCCAAAUGUUGAACGAGGAGAUGGAGAAGAAAAAUUCAGUUCUCCAUACACGAAAAUGCCUUCAGUUGACAUUUCAGUGACAAAAGGCAAGUCUGUUGAUCCAAAUGUUGAGCUGAAAGGAGAAGGAGGAACAAAAUUCCAAAUGCCUCAUGUGAAAAUGCCAAAUGUUGAAUUCUCCUUACCUAAAGGAAAAGAUGUUUCAAAAUUUGAACCUGAAGGGGAAAAAGAAAAACUUAAAAUGCCUUCCGUUGAUAUUUCAAUGCCAACAGGAAAAAUUCAUAGUCCUAAAGCAGAAGUAGAAGGAGGUAAGCUUCAAGGUCCUCAUAUAAAAAUGCCUCAUGUUAACAUCUCUCUACCCAAAGGAAAAUCUGACAAAAGUGAAGGAGCAAAGGUGGAUUACAGCCCAGAAAUUAAGGGAGAGAGAAAAAAGUUCAAGAUGGUCAAAGAGGACAUUUCUCUUCCCAAAGGAAGGGUCUUGGUUGAAGGCCCUGAAGUGGACAUGAAAGGAGAUGCAAGUAUGGCUUCUGCCAAAGCAGAGGGAGGAAACAUCAAACUCCCCCACAUGAAGUUUCCAAAAGUUGAUAUUUCACUUCCUAAAGGUAGGAGUAAAGGUAGCUCCUCACCAGCGAUGGAGAUGAGUGUCACUGGUCCAGAGGGAGAACUACCAAAAGUCCCGUCUUCUAAAGCAGACAUUGAGUUACCAUCUGUAGAAGCUCAAGGCAAACUUAGAGUGCCUCAGGGAGCACAUUUGGAUUCAUCCUCUGAAGGAGACCAUGACAGUCUGAAGCUCAAAAUACCAACAAUACAAAUCAAAGGUCCCAAAGAAGACUUGGAGCUUGAAACAGGAUCUCACAAAGAAGAGGGAAACAAGGUCAAGAAAUCAGUCGAGCUACCAGACCUGGAUCUUACCCUGGAAGGAUCCAGUGACAUAGGUAAGGGGCCAAAAACUAAAGGAGGUAAAUUUAAGAUCCGAAAGCAUAAGAAGAAAACUGGUAAAGAUGCAUCAACAAAACCUCACAGUGAAGACGAAGUUGAAGAGCGGGUCAAACACAACAGCAGCAAGGAUGGUAAAGAUGACAUUAUUGUUCAGUUACCUGGAGUUACACCCCCUAGUGUUAGUCUGAAGCCCUCCACUGCAGAUGUUAGGGUCCCCAGGAUCCCAGACAUAGAGUUUGAUAUUGGUACUUCUCAAGAUGAAGAUGAAGGUCGAACAGAAAAUAAAAUCAAAAUCCCAAAGUUUGGCAUACCUCUACCUUCAAUCUCCUCUCCAGAGAGACUGGCCCAUGGACCAGAAGUCCAGUAUGAGGGUCCUAAAAUACCCAAAGUAAAGAAAGCCGUGUUUGUUCUGGUUAAUCCUUCGGAACCAGAUGCUUCUGCUACAAGCCCGAGCCUCCAGAGGGAGCAGACCAAAGCUGGUACAGAGACAGAGGAAGUCACUGUCAAGAUGUCCAAGAAAAAGAUGAAGACAAGUUUUGGGAAGUCCAAAGAUAAAUCAGCCACGGAAAGUGCAGAAAGAAAAGCAGAGGAAGAAGAAAAAUCAAGAGGAUUAAAGAUGAAAAUGCCCAAAGUCAAAUUUUCCCCUGCAAAAUCAGGAUCGUCUGGUGUUAAAGGAGACAAGGAAGACAAAGAUGCAAGUCCUCACAAGGAUGACAAAGGGACUUUUGGAGGUAAACUCAAACUUCCAAAGGUGGAGCUCACCAGUCCAUACGGCAAAAUGGCUGCAGGAGAGGAAAACAAGGGAGCAAGACUCGAAAAGGAAGCGGACAGGGGGCUUCCUGCUCCAGCAGAGUCUGCAGGUGAUGUGGUGUCGUCUCAAGCCAGAACGGAGAUGCUGGACAGGGACAGCUCUGAGUCUCCUGAGGGCUUCAACAUGGAGUUCAGCUCUGCAAAGGUUCAGAUGUGGAGCGACAGCAAGGGAACUGAAGAGCGGGAGUCUUCCUCCUGGUUCAAAGUCCCUAAGGUCACGCUUAAGCCUCUUUCAUCAGGUUUCCUCCAGAUAACCCCAGAGGGUUCGCCUCAGGCGCAGCGCAAAGGGGAGGUUGCAGGCGUGGAAGACGUGUCCGGGUCCUUUUGCAUCCAUUCCUCAGAGCUUGACUUCACCGCCCAGCAAAUGUCCGAAGAGCGCCACGUCUCUACCAGCGAGGAGGGAACUGUCACCACGGUGACCAAGGCCACUAGAAUUGCUCGGCAGCUGGUCACCAGCCAAACGCGUACUGCCGAAUCUUCCACAACAACAACUCGUCAGGUCUCAGACUUCAACUUUUAAGAAAGCUAACAUUUGACCUUUUUCAUUGUUAGUCCGGAUGAAGUUGCGGUGUUGUCGUAAAGUCUCUAUUUUAUAUCGGAAUAGGUUAGCUGUGAAUGUGAUAAGAUAUAUUUCCUUCAUUCAUUUUUGUAUUUCUUUUCCUUUUUCUUACCGUUCUUUGAGUUGUGUUGGUUUAAAGCUGGUUAUUCAUCCGGUUGUUUGCUUUUGAACAUUUCUUUCUGCAUGUAAACAUGUCACUCUGCUUGAUCACUGACUUUUUAUUUGUGUUUUGAAAUUGGAAAAUUAAUUUUGACUUUAAAUAUUUCACAGAGUGCCUGUCAGAGUAUUAUUUAUGUAAAUAUAUAUAUCUAUAUUACAGCUUCUCUUAUGUAGUUUCCUUUCAAUUUAAACUGUAAUGAAUUUCAAAUUUGCCAGAGUUUAAAAAAAAAAAAAAAA